CACUGUGUGGAGCAUUCUAAACACACGGUCCAUUAAAAAAAAAUUUAUAUAUAUAUAUAUUAUUUAUUUAUUUAAAACAAUCAGGUUUCACUGUGAACUUUACAAUGUGUUUUCUGAAUUCAGUCCUGAUAGUAUAUUUUACAUUACAUGUCAUUUAGCAGAUGCUUUUAUCCAAAGCGACUUACAAUAUGCAUUUCAACCUAGAGUAUAAACUAAGAACAACAAGAAUACAGGAAGUAACAUUUCCUCAACUUAGUCGAACUUCAAAAGUACCAUAAUAAGUGCGAUCCCAGUGCCACUGAAGUGCAAAUCUGUGCAAUAUUUCACUGAGCUCAACUCUGAAAUCCUGAAACGUACUUGAGCAGGCAGUGUAUUCAGAGGAAUUAAUGCAGAGAGUGUUAGACUUCUGACAUCUCUACAUUUGUCACUUUCUCUGUUUUAUCAGAAAUGAUGUAAAUUAAAAAAAAUAUAUUUAAUCUGAUGACCCAACCAGUGGUUCAAUAUUAUAUUAACCUCCAUUUUUCUCACGUCACAGAUGCUUAAAUGCUCAAUAAUUAAGUAAUCUUAAUUAUGAUAAUUUGAAUUCAAGAUUUAAAUUUCAGCAUGUUUUUCGCUUCAACUCAUAACUACAUCAACUUACAUUAUUUUAAACUGAAGAAAGUACAUUACUUAGUAAGGUGAAUUAAACAAUAUUUAUUGGCCUCUAUGAGUCUGACAUUGCAAAUCAUGACAUUUUACUCCGCUAUUAAACUCUAUUUUAACGACCCAACGAGAACCUGAUAUUGGGUUACCUGGGGUCAAUUUAUCUUUCUCCUGGACAAGAGCUGCGCAAUAUAGUGGUUUGGCGUGAGGCAGGAGAAGGGUCUGUGUCGAAGUUGUUGCCACAACAUAAGAACAUUUCGAAAAUUAAUAUACAUUGCCGCUGGUUUUUCAAUGAAAACCAAUAUAGAAAAAUAGCAGGGACAGACAUUUUAAUAUCGUUUUGAUGAUAUGUAUUAUAACAUGGCCCAACAUUAUCCUAGAUUGGCUUAUGAUGGAACUACCACCGUCACAUGACCACUGAGAGGAACGUGGACGAGUGUUCUCGUGAUGCCGUUCAGUCAUCUCAAUCAUAUGGAAGCCCAUUUCCACCACUGAGGAAAAAAUUAGGAUCCUGUAAUUAUAAGUUACUAUCUCCUAAUUAUGACUUAGCAUCCCCUGGAUAUUCAUACAUGGACAAGCCACGCCACCAUGGUCGUAGUGGUGGAAUAUCCACAAUGUUUCGUAAAGACAUCACUGCAAGUGCAAUAACCAUCCCGCCACCCUCCUCAUUUGAACACCGUGUCUUUAAACUGUCUGGUUCCAAACCCCUGAUUACUGCAGUCAUUUACCACACACGAAAAAACUAACCCUGCUUUCCCCUCUGAUCUGUCUGAAUUUCUCACACAACUCUGCGCCAUCUCCAUCCAUUCUGCUACUCGGUGACUUUAACGUACACGUCGAGUCAUCUGACUCCACAACCUCUACAACUACUCUUUAACUACUUCAACAUCACCCAACAUGUAGACUUUCCCAUCCAUAAAACAGGACACACACUUAAACUGGUCUGCACUUACGGCAUUACCAUCAGCAAUCUAACCAGCAUCGGCCUUACCAUUUUUGACCACCUGGCUAUUAAUUCAAUUCAAUUCUGUUUAUUUUGUAUAGCCCAAAAUCACAAAUUUGCCUCAGAGGGCUUUACAAUAUGUACACAUACAACAUUCCUGUCCCAGGACCACACAACGGAUCAGGGAAAAUUCCCAAAAAACUAAAACUAAAACUUUCACAGGGAAAAAAUUGAAGAAACCUUCAGGAGAGCAACAGAGGAGGAUCCCUCUGAGAGGUCAUGAAGACAAUCACCCAACCAAAAAGGUAUUAGAGGCAUUGUUGGAAGAGACAAAGUACCAAAGACACAUUUUGGCUGGAUAGGAGAAGCAACAGCAAGAAGCUAGGAGUUUCUGACCUAGAAUUUUGUCCUACUGUCAUUUUGCCUGUAACCCCUGUGUGGUUGCUAAAAGAUCCAGGGUUAGACAUGGAGUUGAUCCAAAUUAAGACAUAGAAAUAUUGUUUUAUUGAGUAAGUUCUAUGGGUAUACAGAUUAAAAAUACUCUGAACAUGUGCAUGUUUUACUGAUGGAUCAAAAGACCCAGCUACAGACAGGACACACUGCUAUCUGUGUAUAGUUGAAUCAAAUGCAAUUGUUUUGGCCCUAUAGUGGGUAGUCCAACACAGACCAGGCAAAGUUCUUAUUUGCAUUGACUCCAUGUCUGCACUAAAGUUAGGUGUUUCCAAUACUUGACAAUAUCUGUCAAUUCAAUCAAGAUUAAUAGAACAAGGCCUUGAAGUUAUAUUUAUGUGGGUACCGGCUCAUAUAGAUAUAGAAAAUAAAAAAAGACAAUCUAGUCAAACAAGCACUGAAGAAAAAGAAAGAGUAGACUUCUGUAUCAAGUUAUCCAAAUCAGAGGGAUGGGCAUAAUUAGGAAAAAUAUCAACAGAGUAUGGCAACAUCAGUAAGACCAGAAUAUUACUUUAUUCAAAAUAAACUGGGCAGGGGGAGAUAGAGUGGAGGAAAGACAAGAGAAGAAGUUAAAAUAUCGAGAUUACAAAUUGGACAAAGCAGUCUACGCAGCACACGCCACAUGAUAGGGAAGCAUCCAACCAGUCUAUGUGAGCACUGCCAUGAACCAGGAACUGUACAACAUGUCAUCACCACCUGUUUUAGACAUUUCAGAAAGGAGAGGCAUGCUGGAGGAAAUGGAAAGACUAGGGAUGAGAGGAAGAAAGCCGAAUAAUAUACUGUAGUGGGGCUGUAGUAAUCUGGGAAGAAGGUGCUUUACAAAUGUCCUGUGUGCAACAGGAAUGAUGGGGAAUGUUUAGUAGUUAGUAGCAUAGAAACUGACACCAGAAGAUGGCAGUAAUGCAAAAAAAAGGAUGCAAGCUACCGUAAAACAUCCAAGAAGAAGAACACCCUUUCUCUGAAAAGUUCACAAAAACAAAUGUAACACAGGUUUGGUCAUACCACAUGCAUGUAUUGCUUUUUUCUAAAAAUAUAUAUAAAAAAAAAAAAAAAUUCUCAAAAUUUGAACAGAUCUAUUUUUGUUGUAAACUUUAUUAUUUAAAAUCCACAUUAUAUUGAUUGAAUUAUUUUUGUUGUUGUUAUAUUGCUACUCUGAAGGUAUUCAAUUUUAUAUCGUGUCGUUCAGCUGGUGCGUUUUUUUUCCCCUGUAAAAUUGCUCAUGCAUUUCACGUGACUUAUGGCAAGUACAUGGAUACUGUUUGUGUAUUGCUCACAUUGCUAUUUUGAGUCUCAUUGGUCUGUAUAGUUUCUAUUUUAAUUGUAUACACUUUAAUAUAUUUUGUAACUUUCGCUGUACAUGUACUUGUUUCUGCCCUUGUUCUCAUGAAACGCUGGGGCACUCUCCCUACUCCCUCUGGAAAACAAUGAAGGAUCAUCUCAUUUUCUAAGAAAUAAAACACAAACCACAUCAAGAGCUCGUGGGACAUUAGGACAUUGUGUCUGAUGUGGUUCCUCUCUGUGGACUGUACCAUGUUCCACUUUUACCCAGGAAACAGUCACGUGCACGUUCACUAGAAUACUACAUACCAACUAUUGCAUUAAAGUCAAGGGAGGGGUUAUGUUAUUAAUAAAACUAUGCACGCAGCAAUUUAAGUUAAUCUUAUAGCAAAUGGCACAUUUCAUGUUGUUUCUUACCCUCCUCCCUUUACAGCCUUUGAUUGGUAACGGUUCAGGAGAGACUGCCAUUUUACACAGUGACUGCUAGCUGAAUCUCUAAUGACAGAACACAAGUUAUUUACCCAUGUAGCAGCCAGUUUGUUUCCAAAAGUACGGCAUGACUGACGCGGUGUCGUGAGCGAACAGACAAAAAAGACACGUAAGCCCAAGUCAAAGUUAAAGUGGCGUAAACAAGCGGUACUGCACAGCCCUGGAUGGAUAGCCUGGACCCUGAAACCCUGUAUGUCUCUCCAGAGCAGACUGGGCAAAUCACCCUCUCCACCUCAGAGGUCUCCAACUUGGCCCUAGUGGGUGGGAAGAAGAUGAAUGGGUCUCUGGAACACCCUGACCAACCAGAUGUUGAUGCCAUUAAGAUGUUUGUCGGACAGAUUCCGCGGUCCUGGUCCGAGGAGCAGCUUCGCGAGCUGUUUGAGCCUUAUGGAGCAGUCUAUGAGAUAAAUGUUCUCCGAGACCGCAGUCAGAAUCCACCACAGAGCAAAGGCUGCUGUUUUAUAACGUACUAUACUCGCAAAUCUGCAUUGGAAGCCCAGAAUGCGCUGCACAACAUGAAGAUUCUGCCAGGGAUGCACCAUCCAAUUCAGAUGAAGCCAGCUGACAGUGAGAAAAACAAUGCAGUGGAGGACAGGAAGCUGUUCAUUGGAAUGAUCUCCAAGAAGUGUAAUGAGAAUGACAUCCGAAUGAUGUUCUCACCAUACGGACAGAUAGAGGAGUGCCGGAUCCUUCGAGGCCCUGAUGGACUCAGUCGUGGUUGUGCAUUUGUGACAUUUACAGCUCGACAAAUGUCCCAGUCAGCCAUUAAAUCCAUGCACCAGUCCCAAACCAUGGAGGGCUGUUCCUCGCCUAUUGUGGUGAAGUUUGCAGACACUCAGAAGGACAAGGAGCAGAAGCGUAUGGCCCAACAGCUGCAGCAGCAGAUGCAGCAGCUCAGUGCUGCUUCCAUGUGGGGAAAUCUCACUGGGCUUAACAGCCUGGGGCCACAGUACCUAGCACUCUACUUACAGUUGCUGCAGCAGUCAGCCUCACACACACACACACAACACACACACACACACACACACAGUUUGUCAGGUCUUAAUGCCAUGCAGAACCUGGCUGCUUUAGCAGCAGCAGCAAUUGCCACACAGGUCACGCCCACAGGCUCCAGCGCCAUGACAACAUCUAGUAGCCCACUCAGUGCUCUAACAAGCUCAGGCUCCUCCCCCAACUCCAGCAGCAACUCCUCAAUGAACCCCAUGGCUUCUUUGGGGGCCCUGCAGUCUCUGGCUGCUAGUGCUGGAGCUGGCCUCAACAUGGGCUCCUUGGCAGGCAUGGCAGCACUGAAUGGCAGCCUUGGCUCCGGAGGCCUGUCUAAUGGAUCAGGAAACACCAUGGAGGCACUGAGCCAGGCCUACUCAGGCAUCCAACAGUAUGCUGCUGCUGCCCUCCCCAGCCUUUACAACCAGAGCCUGCUGUCUCAGCAGAGCGUCUCAGCCGCAGGCAGCCAAAAGGAAGCGAGCAACAGUCGCAGCACCGGUCCAGAAGGUGCCAACCUGUUCAUUUACCACCUGCCCCAGGAAUUUGGAGACCAGGACCUGCUCCAAAUGUUUAUGCCCUUUGGAAAUGUCAUCUCUGCUAAAGUCUUCAUUGACAAACAGACAAACCUCAGCAAGUGUUUUGGUUUUGUGAGCUAUGACAACCCAGUGUCAUCACAGGCAGCCAUCCAGUCAAUGAAUGGGUUCCAAAUUGGUAUGAAGAGGCUGAAGGUGCAGCUGAAGCGCUCAAAGAAUGACAGCAAGCCUUACUGAAGGUGCUGAGGCACUGCAGACUUGGUUAGGCAGGGUGGUGUUGUGGUAAGUUAAGUAUAAAUAACUCAGACCGGUCCACUUAGAAACCUAUCUAUGCAUUACAGGGUGAUGUCUGCUAUGCCUCUUCUGGUUAUUAUACCUUUCCAGUAAACAAUUCACAUGAAGCUAUACGUGCAAGAGUUUGCAGGCUGGACUGUGUUCUUCCUGUGUUAUGUUGUGGUUCAUGCACUUUGUUUUCCUUUUGAAACAAAUGAGAGAAGCAGGUGUAUUUUCAUUUAAAGUUGAAAUGUUAUCAGUUUGCUGUGUACUGUGUGCUGUGUACAUAAUACACAAAUGAGUUGAUUGUUAGAUGUUGCACAUUUACAGUCAGUUCAGAUAGGUGCCAAAUCGAUUAGUUUCUACUUCCUGUUCUCCUUCCCCCCCUCUUUCACCCAGAAAGAGGGGGGGAAGCGCUCCUGAAAUAAGGCAGCAGAUAGAGCCAUGUUUCGUUAGUAAACCGAAAUUAUGAACAGGUUUUCUUUUAUGUUAUCACAAACCAAAGUCGGUGGGUUUCCCUUACAUUUGUAUUCAAUACUUGUAUUAUACUUUGAAACAGGUAUUGUAUGUGAUAUGUAGAGAAAUUAGUUGUCCGGUUCAAAGUACGCCACAAAAGUUUCCAUCAUUAAUGAGGAGGAGCCCCACUUCAACAUACACCUGCCAUCCAUACAUUUGUCCUGAUCUGCAUUUGUACACUGUUUGUGUUGUGCAGACGGAGUCUAGAUCAUUGGCUCUGGUGACGUGAGACUAAACCUGUUGAUGCUGUGAACAUCUUGUUCUGUUCUGUGGGGUUUCCACUGGACCCGUAAUAGUUGCUGUGUUAACUAUUCUCUUCUGAGCUCUGCAGUCUGACAGGACUGCCCCCUGUUUCUGCAUUCCAUCUGAGGAUGACAUAUUCAUGAUGGCUAUGGAAAAUGGAUUUGCAUAUAGCUCAAAGUGCUUGACACUUCAUGCUAACAUUCACUUCUUGAAACACUGAUGGCAGAGGGCACCAUACAAGGUGCCUAGGAGCACAUGAGGAUCUACUACAAGUGCUAAUUCCCAUGUGGCCUCUGGUGGAUGGUGAUACAAGUGCAUGUGGGUUGUGUUGUAUUCAGACAUUGGCUGGAAUUCAUUUCUGAAUGACAUGGAUAUAAUAGCUUUGUCAAGUAGUCGGCUCAUUGCAUUUACUAUGUUUUUCUUUAUCAGGUUAAAACUGAUGCAGUUGAAAUUGCAUGUAAAUAUAGACUUUUCUCGAGGACUGAACAAAACAUGUUUUAGUGGUGCUCCUCCUGCACUCUGAGUGACAAGUCAGAGGUCUGGUCAUCCCCAUCCCUCAGUUACUGUCCUACUAGCUAGCAGCUAGCUAAUUUAAAGAGGGCUACACCACUGUUUCUCACUGAAUCUCUUCUAUGAUUGGAUAAUUCAUAUUGCUUAAGGCAACCUGUUGGUUGCUAAGACUGGCAAGACAUGUUUUUUUUUAAAGUAGGAACUGAGACAAUUGUUGAGAUGUAUGUUUAAACUAUUAUGCCUUUUCUAUUUUUAUAUAGGUUUUAUACUUCCUCUGUGUGUUGGGGAACUAUUUAUUGCCUUAAUUAUUUAUCUGAAUUUAAAUGAUUUUGAAAGACAAACGUAAAGUCCAACAAUUCCAUUUGAUCUCCUGGUGUGUGUGUGUGUGUGUGCUCUGUUUUGUUUUGUUUCCCUUUGGUGACGUGCACUUUGUGUCAUUGUGGCAUGGAUCCAUCAGUGCUGCUACAGACUUCAUAGAACCCCCUGUCUGUCAUACAUGCCUUCAUCCAAAUAAAACAUACAUUUUCCAAAAACAAAGGGAGCAUAAUUUAUUGUAAAAGUGAAUUCUAACAUUUUUUAAUGGGUCCUGUCUUUCUAUGUGUAAAUAUAGUGAUAUUGUGAAUUUUACAUCAGGCAAAGUUCUGGACAGAUUAGCUAGUAUCUAACAGUACUAUAACUAGUUUUGAAAGUCGUCUUUUUUUUCUCUCUCUCUCCCCCCCUCGAGAGUCUGGUUGUGUAUUACAGCCACUCUCCAUAUUUGAUUGACUGUGUAUAGGUAGCAUGCUGGACUGUAGCUGCUGCUCCAGACCUGCAUGUUGUCACUGGUUCUGUGGAGUCUUUUUAUUUCUGUGUUCUGAUCAUUCUUGGUUUCUUUUCCUAUCUGUGUUCCUUUGUGGUUUAACCUACGUUUGUCUCCCUGUUGAGUUUGUCUUUUUCUUUUUCUAGAUCUCUUCCUGUUUGCCCUAGCAUGUUGAUGUGGCAUCACAGUUCAUCGUCCAGUCCUUGUCUUCUGCACUUCUCUGAUGCUCCCAAUUUCACCAUUAACCUUAUGUUUGGCAUUAGUUACCAGGAGGUUUUAUUUUGUUGUUUCCCAUAAUUCCUCUGUGAUUGCAACAUGGACACUAUUAUUACAAGAAAAGAGAGAAUCUAUUUUUCUAGAACAGACUAGUGUUCUUAUAUUGUGUUGUGGAGCAGUCCUCCCACAUCCUCUGGGUGUGUGUGUGCGUGUGCGUGUGUGUGUGUGUGUGUGUGUGUGUGUGAGUGAUUAGAAUGACUUAUCAAGCAAUUUAGUGAUAAAGAGUUGUUAGAUAUUCCUUUAAUGGGAGGCGAGGCAAUGGAUCAUCUGUGGCCGUUCCCAUUUCAGUGUUGUUAUAAGAAAGUUAUAUUUUUCGGUGUACAUAUCCAUUUGUACUUUUAGCCUGACUGACCACUACAGGCACAUGCUGCUGUGCUCUUUGUUUGUGUUGAGUCAGACAUAAUCUACUGAGAGGAGACUUUUGUCAUGGCUAAUUUGGUAUGUGUGUGUUUUUUUUUGUUUUUUUACAUAACUGCACUGAAAUUCUUGGCAAAAUGGGAUUUUAUUUGUGCACAAUACUUUUUCUAAAGAACUGACUGAAGUUUGAUGUCAGCUCGAGUACUCCAACAUUAAACCUUUCUAUUGUGGAAGUGUGCUAACAAUCCAAUAUUAAACACAAGUGGCCUACAUGUACACGCUGAUUAUAAUCCAGAGACCUACAGACCCACACUAAUUCAGGGUGCAGUCGGUCUGUCUCCCUGACCAGUGGGCCAAAAGUGUGACUUAUCCUGAAUGUAAUCUACAAUUUACCCAUCAUCUCAUCCUGCUUGAAUAUGCGGUCUGAAAUGUAAAUGUUCUUUUUUAACUUUAAAAAAAAACCGUUGUAACUUGCAACCAGUGGGUUCCCUGUGGGUUCUCCGGCUUCCUUUCACAGUACAAGACAGGCAGCUUAUGGAAGACCUUUUAAAUGACACUGACUGUUUACUUUCUUUAGCUAGUUACAAGCUAAAACCAUCCUGCUAGAUAGCUCACUUAUGUUAAUUACACAGAUCAUGCUACUAUUAGGAAUUCAUGUUAUCAUUAUUUAUUAUUUUAAAUGUAUGUAUCCGAGAUACAUUCAAUUUUAUAGCUUGCUAAUUGCUGAUACUUUGAUCUUGUGUAGUACAACUAAGAAAAACUAAACUGAAGUAAACUUUUUUUCCCAAAAAUGGUUGCCUUCUGUAAAGCCUUCGCAGAUAUAUUAUUAUUCCCGAGGUCACGAUAUUGAUAAUUAAUGGCUAUCUACUAACACACUCAAUAUUAAAUAACUUAAUCUCUCUGGGAAUCUUAUAUGGAAAUUGAAUUAAAAAAUGUAGGAAAUUACAGACUUUCAAAUUAAGCAUCACAAGAUUAAUCGUUAAACAUAUAAUUAAACGAUCAUACAAGUAUUUCAGUUCACAAAAGUAUUACUAUUUGUAGCAUUCAUGUUUUCCACAAUCCAGUUUAAUAAUCCAAACACAAUAACUAUAUUACAUAUUUAAAAGUAUAUGUCAAAUCAGCAACUGCCUAAUAAAUACGGAAGUAUGAAUCUGAGCAUGUGUUACAACUUAAAAUACUAAAUAUUUGUCAACAUUGCCAGUGCCACGCUAUGUUUAUUGAAAAUCUUCAAACACUAUGAAGUUAAGAAUUGAGACACUUUCUUAGCGCCUCCAUCAUGCCUGUAUGGUAGUAUGCGAGUAAUGUUUAGAAUAGCGGGGCAAAGAUAUGUUCAUGAUUCAGCUCUUGCAACUGCAUCACAACCUCAUCAAAUACAGUCAUCGGUUUGUUUGUUAGUCGCAUAGUUGCAGCCCGUCAGAUUUCCCAAAAAGUUGACUUUACUUGCUGUCUGGAAGGUGGGAAAAUGACAGAGACCUGGAAAGGACGCAACAAUAAUACAAAUGAGGGGGAGAUGCAUGUGCACUGAUGAACUUCAUGUUUUUUAAAGACAUUGGACUAGUAUUCCUCCAGGAGCAAAAUGUCCCCACACAAAAGAUAACCAUCAUUACAAUAUAUCCAUGGUUGUCGUCUUUUUUGUGAUUGCAUGACCAACGAGACUAGAUAUAUUUUCUAUCGAGCUCCCACUGCAACAAGACAGAACAAUCAUCUGGUUAAUUUAGGUGAAUUCUCCUGUCCUGUAAAAUAUUGGGUAAAGUAUUUCUGGUGCAAUUUGAGUGAACAACUACAGUAGCACUACAUAUUGAGACUGCAACUAUUUCAAGGUGAAAACCCUGUGACCACAAACCGAUCCAAACGUUUUCAAUAUUUCUGUGAAGUUACCUUUUACUCCAUUGCAUGCAUGUUAUUUAUUUUUUAGAGUGGAAUCUGUCUAUCGUGUGUUUUGAUUUUUUUAAAGCUUUGGAUGUUUUGAUUUCUGCGCCACAAUAAGCUGAUGUGCAGUCCAGCUACAAUAUCUGUGAGACGACAAUGUGAUUUCUGUUAUUUAGUUUCUGUACAAAUAAAAUGUUUGAGAAACCUU